AUGUCCCGUAGAGCGACUGGUCCCACGACUACGCUGGGGACCAUGGCGGCCCCGAAUGUCGUCCCCGAGGACAUCUGUCCCGUCUGCAAGCGGAACCGCUACCUCAACUCUAGCAUGACCUUCAAGAUCAACCCCGAGUGCUACCAUCCCAUGUGCUCGCAGUGCGUCGAGACCAUCUUUAAGACGGGGCCCAACCAGUGUCCUUACGCAUCAUGCAACAAGACCCUGCGGUUGAAAGGCUUCCGCGAGGCCAUGUUUGCCGACUUGACCAUCCAGCGCGAGGUCGACAUCCGGAAACGUGUCGCCGCCGUCUUCAACAACACCCAAGACGACUUUGAGACCCUGAGGGACUACAACAACUACCUCCAGGACGUCGAGGAUCUGACAUUCUCUCUGGUCUACGGCGAGGGCACGGAGCGCGCAGACGCCGAGGCGAAGCUGGCCGACUACGAACAGCAACACAGGGCCGAGAUCGAGCGCAACAAGAAGAAGGGCAGCGACGCUGAAGCCUUGAGGCUGAGGAGACAGAAAGAGGCCGAUGCUGCCGCUGCCGCCCGUCGCGCCGAACUCCUGAGGGAGGAGGCCGAAGCCCGCGAGGAGGAAGGCAAGCUGAACCAGGAGGUCAUGGAAGCCUUACAGCGAGGCGAGUCUGGCAAUGCGGCCGAGAUCCAGGCCAGGAUCCUGGCCAAGAAGAAGGCAAAGCUUGCGAAGCUGAACGCCGAGCACUUCGGCCCCAGCAUGGACAACGCGGGGCCGAGGGGCAUCUCUAUCCGUGGCUUGCGCCAGAAACGGACCGGCCCAACCGAGGACGAAGAGGACAGGAACAAGCCGUACGACCCGUACGCCGGCGUCAGCUUGCAGCCAACACGCUACACUGUACAGGAUCACUACGAAAACCCGUUCUUGGAGCCUGCCAAGGAGCGCGAGGAUCACAAAGUCGGCGGCUACAACGUCCAAGAAUAUGUGGCGCGUGCCAUGUUCGAGGCCUUUGCCGGCCUGGGCGUCAUGGUCGGCGAGGAGAAGGCCUCGGAGCAGCGGUCUGUCGGCACGACUGCUGCGAGAGACGCGGUGGCCAGGAACAAGACCAGCGGGCCCAUGACCACGGGGCGCAGGCAGGAAGUGGACGAUGUGUUUGUGUAA